AGUCAGGACAUCCCACUAGGGUGAGGGAGGAGGGAGGGAAGGCGAGAAAGACGAUCAGCAGCAAGUCAAGAGAGAGUAAGACAGAAACUGAAGAGACGCUAUACUGUUUUCUUUUUCAUACUUCCUUCCUCCUUCCUAAAUUUCCACCCUGGGCAGAACAGACAGGCAGAGAGAAACAAGAGAGACAAAGAAAGAAGAAGGGGUGGCGAGGUGGCAGAGCUGAGAGUGUGAAUGCGAACCUGUGAGUGUGACUGACUCUCUGUGUGCAACAUGCUCUGUCAUGCUGCUGCGACUGUGGCUGGCUUCUCCAACCGGCGUCAUCGGCUUUCAGGAAAAGGAAUGUUUAUGCUAAGAAUGAGUCCCUGAACCAGUUCACCAUGUGGAUGUGGGACAGUAAUUUCCAAGCCUUCGCAGGAAGAAUCCCACGGAAAAAAGAGCAGCAGCCAGAGAGCUUAGUUGGUCCUGCCGGGUGGCCGCCUGCUUGUUGGCACCGCUGACACUUUCACUUAGAAACUGACUUUAUGCAAGGCUCAAGUCUUCAUACUUCAACUUCAGCUUUUUUCUCUCUCUUUUUUUUAUGGAUUCUGCUGUGCUUUAUUAUAAUUUUUUUAAAGAUUGCCUUUUGAGAUACAAGUAGAAACUUCUUCUAAUGAUGAUGGGACCAAACAAAAGAAGCAAGAAGUUCUCUACUCAAGGACAGGUCUGAAUGCAACACAUAGGAGGACUUCACGCAACUAUGGAACACUUUAUCAUGUUUAGGGGUCUGCAGAUAGCAUGGGGCAGGAUCUGUAGAUAGAAAACUUUAAUUUGUAGAAGAAGAGGGGCUCCAAGAGUGCAGGGCAUUCUUGACACAGCUCUGGAAUGAAGCCGGGACAAUCUCCAGGUGUUCCCUGUGACAGGUCCAUGAUGCACCUCAGUCAGUUUCCUGUCAGACGACACUCGUGGAUAUGCUUUGAUGUGGACAAUGGCACGUCGUCAGGUCGAAGCCCCCUGGACCCAAUGGCCAGCCCAGGCUCAGGCCUCAUCCUGCAGGCCAACUUUGUCCACAGCCAGCGGAGAGAGUCGUUCCUCUACCGCUCGGACAGCGACUACGACCUCUCCCCCAAGUCCAUGUCCCGAAACUCCUCCAUUGCCAGUGACAUUCAUGGUGACGAUAUGAUUGUAACUCCAUUUGCACAGGUUCUUGCAAGCUUGAGAACCGUACGGAACAACUUUGGUGCAUUAACCAAUCUACAGCAAGACAGAGCAUCUAAUAAGAGAUCACCCAUGUGUAACCAACCCCCUAUCACCAAGACCACCUUUACAGAGGAGGCCUACCAGAAACUGGCCACAGAGACCCUGGAGGAGCUGGACUGGUGCCUGGACCAGCUGGAGACGCUGCAGACAAGACACUCGGUCAGCGAGAUGGCCUCAAACAAGUUUAAGAGGAUGUUGAAUCGGGAGCUGACUCACCUAUCAGAGAUGAGCCGAUCUGGGAACCAAGUGUCUGAAUUCAUCUCCAGCACGUUUCUCGACAAGCAACAUGAGGUGGAGAUGCCGUCCCCGCAGACACAGAAAGAGAAGGAGGAGAAGAAGAACAAGCCCAUGUCUCAGAUCAGUGGAGUGAAAAAACUGCAGCACUCUUCCAGCCUCACAAACUCAAACAUCCCUCGCUUCGGCGUCAAGACGGAGACUGAGGAUGAGCUGGCAAAGGAGCUGGAACAUGUGAACAAAUGGGGCCUUAAUGUUUUUAAAAUCUCAGAAUUCUCUGGGAAUCGGCCACUGACAGUAAUGAUGUACACAAUUUUUCAGGAGAGAGACUUGUUAAAAACGUUCAAAAUUCCACUCGACACCUUUAUAACAUACCUGAUGACCUUAGAAGACCAUUAUCAUGCCGAUGUGGCCUACCAUAACAACAUCCAUGCUGCUGACGUCACCCAGUCAACUCACGUGCUGCUAUCCACCCCUGCCCUUGAGGCUGUGUUCACAGACCUUGAGAUCCUCGCUGCCAUCUUCGCCAGUGCAAUUCAUGACGUGGACCAUCCCGGAGUCUCAAACCAGUUCCUCAUCAACACCAAUUCAGAGCUAGCCUUGAUGUACAAUGACUCAUCAGUGUUGGAGAACCACCACUUAGCAGUUGGUUUCAAGCUACUGCAAGAGGAGAACUGUGACAUCUUCCAAAACUUGACCAAAAAACAGCGACAAUCACUGCGAAAGAUGGUCAUUGACAUCGUCCUAGCAACAGACAUGUCCAAACACAUGAAUCUGCUGGCUGACCUGAAGACAAUGGUGGAAACAAAGAAAGUGACCAGCUCCGGUGUGUUGCUACUGGACAACUACUCCGAUAGGAUACAGGUUCUCCAGAACAUGGUCCACUGCGCUGACCUAAGCAACCCCACCAAGCCUCUUCAGCUGUACCGACAGUGGACGGACCGCAUCAUGGAGGAGUUCUUCAGCCAAGGGGACAGAGAAAGGGAGAGGGGGAUGGAGAUCAGCCCCAUGUGUGACAAACACAACGCCUCUGUAGAAAAGAGCCAGGUUGGGUUCAUAGACUAUAUUGUCCACCCCCUGUGGGAGACGUGGGCUGACCUUGUCCAUCCGGACGCACAAGACAUCUUGGACACAUUGGAGGACAAUAGAGAGUGGUACCAAAGCACCAUCCCCCAAAGUCCAUCUCCAACUUUAGACGAGCCAGAGGACAGCACUCGACCCCCAGGAGCAGACAAGUUCCAGUUUGAGCUGACCUUGGAGGAGGACGGGGAGUCCGACACUGAAAAGGACAGUGGCAGCCAGCCGGAGGAGGAGGAGGAGGAGGAAGAAGAGGAAAACAGCUGUACUGACUCUAAAACACUCUGUACGCAGGACUCCGAAUCAACAGAGAUACCUUUGGACGAACAGGUGGGGGAAGACGAUGAUGAUGAUGAGGAGGAGGAGGGGGAUGCAGAAGAGGAGGGGGAGACCCCCUGCUCAGAGCCCUGUGUUGCAGAUGAAGAGGUGGCAGAGGACGAAGAGGAGAAGAAAUCCCCCGACACAUAGCAGUUAUGGACAGCCUUUGAUUAACUGCUCCUCUUAGUAAUGACAGAUUAUUAUUUAUAGAAUAUUUUUUGAGUUUUGUGAAAUCUGUUUUUUAUACGUCUGUGUUUCCAAAGCGUGCGCUGCUCCUCACCCCGGGUUACUCCUCUCGUCUCCUUUAUUUAGACACGCCCAUUGGUACUACUUCAAGUUUUUUUGCACUCAGGAAGAACUCCCUUUCAUUCCCAUUCGUACUGAAGUGGUGUGUCUUUACUUCCACCUUCUCCUUACGGUCUUUAGUUGUAGACACAGACGGUCUCCUCAGUGCUGCUCAUACAUCACAUCUGUUUUUGUAUAAUUUUUUUUAUUUUUUUUUUUUUUUGCUUCCGUCUCAGCCUCACCAGAAAGUUCACCUGUGUCUUUAUGUUUUAUGAAGUGCCAAUAACUCCAAAGGGUCAGUUAUUGGUGAGAGUCUCCCUUUUAUUUUUUAUAUAUCUCCUUGAUCAUGUUCUCUCCCUUCCACAAUAAAUUAGAAAGAAUGUUUUUGCUCCAAACCCGACAGGUCACUGCAGCACAUUUGGGAACUUUUUAAACCACAUUGGCGAUGUGCAAGUCUUCCUCCAUAAUCUGACUGACAAAAACUAAAAUCUGAACCACCAUGAUGCUGUCCUAAACCUCUAGUUUUUUUUCUUUUGUUUGUUUGUUUUUGGUAUUGUAUUUAAGAGUCAGAUAUUUUGUAUUUAUAGAGUUUAAUUUUGCUGUCAGAGAAGUUGAGGAACCUUGUAGAAACGUAGAGGGAGACGUGUGUCAGAUGUAAAGCUUUUGGAAGCUGUUCUAAAGAGCUCCAACAGCAUUUAUACUCCUAUACCACUAUACUUGUAUUCAAUUAGUCCUGUGUCUUAAAAUCUGUAUUUUCUUUUUGGUAACUCUUAUUUUUAGAGAAAAUCUUCUCUGAGAAGGAAGCAGAAACCUGAGGUCUUGUGCUUUGCUUCUUAUGGGAGUCGUUUAUAACCUGGAGUACGCCCUUAAAUGUUUUUAUUGUUGCCUAUAGUUCUUUCGAACACAUCCUGAGACAAUGCAAUGCUUUGUAGUUAUUACAAAAAGCACCUUUUUUAGAGGUUUGACUAGUGCUCCAAAUGUUUAGAAAUAGUAAUGGUGUUGAAAAUGACUGGGGUGUUUUUAUAACAAAGUAAAGAGAAAUUACUUUUAUUUUCUUAGCUGUUUGACUUGGUUUAUACAUCGGCACCUGCUGCUUAUCUUUAGCCUUCAACGAUUCAUUUUUCAUCAGAUUCCUGCCAUUAACUCCAGUUUACUGUCUUUGCUUUCAACAAGACAAUCAGCUGCACAGCAUAAAUAUCAGAUAAGACCAUUAUCUACAUUGAUACAGGUGCAUCUCAGUAAAUUAGUGCGUCACUAAAAAGUUCAUUUAUUUCAGCAAUUCACUUCAAAAUGUGAAACAGUAAGGAGCUUAAUGUAUUUAUUCCAGUUACUUUUGUUGGUUAUGUUAGGAAACUCCUAAGUUAGUUUGUUGAAAAAUCAGCAUAUUAAGUUAGAUGAGUAAAAAUAGGAGUAAUAAAUAGAGAAAUAUUAUAUUAUUUUUUAUACUAUUGUGGGGAAGCAGACAUCCGCUGAUAUCCACCAGGAGGCUGUGCCACAAAAAGUCGGUUUUAAAUAAGCUGGCUCACCACAGAGAGCCAGAGAGAAUAUUGAUAGACAAUUCAAGUGGAAGGAAAAACUGCACAAGUCAUAGGGAUACAUUUUUGAGAAGCGUGGAUUUGAAUUAACUGUAAAGCAUAUUCAGCUAAAUUAACAGAAAAUGUGAUUUUAUUUAUUGUUUAAUAAAUCAAAACUAUUUUCUUUAUUAUUUUUAAAUAGUUUUCUUGAUGAUAUUCUAAUUUAUUGAGAUUCCCUUGUAUUUAAAUGCACUAAUACAUUUGCAUACCAUCUCUUUAAAUAUUUUAGCCCAUUCAAACACUGACUGCUUGUUGAAUGCAUUCUUAACAUCAUUGUCUCCUCUUUUACGUUUCAAACUACGCUUUUUGUCAUUCUAACUUGAAGCUGUUAUUUAUUGCUAUAUAUUUUUCUAUUUGUUGUUUUUGAAAUAUAAAGGUGGUACAGUCGAUAUUUCACUGUAGCAUAGAUAACACAAGCUUGCCAGUUAUUACACCUAAAUUCACUUUCUUGUUUCCCCUUGUACAAAAAAAAAAUAUUUUGGAAAAUAUUAACUAACAUAAGAAAAAACAAAAAGUAAAAAAAAAAAAAAAUCUUGAAAUACUGCACACUGCUUUUUCAAAGAGGGUCUUGUUUUACUGAUAUGCCAUUUAAGAAGAAAAAUUAUUUAACUUUUAUUUUGUGCCAAUAUUUUAUUUUAUUCUUUUCAUCCUCACCCAAUGCCCUUACCUGUAAUAUGAAUUUCUGGUUUAUUGCUGUUUACAAACAUAUAUUUAUUGUGCUGUAUAUAAUAUAUAAUUAUUAAUGUUAUCACUAUCAUAAUGCAGUUUGCUGUAAAUGGUUGAUUCUUAUCAUCCCUUUUGGUGAUGGCGUGGCUGUAUUAUGUACCUCUUGUUGAGAGAAUGUUUAUUAACAUGAGCUUUGGUGUAAAAAAGAAAAAAAAAAGAAGAAGAAAAGAACAGAAAAAG